AUGAGAUUGUUCACUACUCAGUGUCAUUUACCCAAUUCCGUGGCCCUCGGGGACCUCCAACUCACUAUUACCUUACAUAGCCAUCAAAUCGACUUCGGAAUGUCAAUCAAUCAUCAUCGCGCCAAGUCAAACACCAUCAUUCUGACACAUGCCACCGAUUCCGAUUCGAAAUAUCCAAAUACAAAAACAAAACGAACCUCACCAAGCCUUUUAUCAACUCACUCAAGCAUGUCUUCUUCAAUCGUCUCAGAGUAUGAGGCUGCGAAUGAGCAGUAUGCCGCAGCCUUCAACAAGGGAGAUCUCGCCCUGCCUCCAUCUCGUCACGUCGCUGUCAUUGCCUGCAUGGAUGCUCGUCUCGACCCAGCUCAGGUCCUCGGGAUCGAGCUCGGCUCCGCUCACGUAAUCCGUAACGCUGGCGGUCGAGCUGCAGAUGCUCUCCGCUCCGUCAUCAUUUCACAGCAGCUCCUUGGAACCCGUGAGAUCGUUAUUGUCCAUCACACCGACUGCGGUAUGCUCACCUUCUCUGAUUUGGAUCUCAAGACAAAGGUGCGUAAGGAUCUUGGUGAAGACGUCGAUCACAUUGCUUUCCUCCCUUUCGGAGACCUUGAGCAGAGUGUCCGCGACGAUAUCGCUUUCUUGAAGAAGAGCCCUCUGGUUCUGGAUGUUCCUAUCACGGGCUACAUCUAUGAUGUCAAGUCCGGCAAGAUCAACAAAGUUGAUGCUUAGAUUCAGCCAGUGAAGUGGGAUCGUUGGGAGUUAGGGUGUUAGUGGAGUGAGCUGUUUGGAGAUGAUACCAGAUCGUGGCGUUGUGAGGCUGUGUUCAAGAUGAUAUCAGAGAGAGUUCAUAUAGUAGUUUAUUAUUAUCUUCUUGUAAGGAGA